AUGGGUGAAAGACUAAAAUACAAGCUGGAUGGUGAUUGGAUGGAUAAACUGACCAAUGAGAAGACUGCUAUGUUGGCAGACCCCCACUCAGGUUUAAUACCAGCAAAACUCGGCUUCCUUCUUCUGGGUCACACGUGCCCUGAAUGUAUCUUACAACUUUUACGGCUGAUUUACAGACCAUACUUUGUCUACGUCAUCCAUAUUGACCAAAGGAAGGACGAAAUCAGGAAUGAAUUGCUUGACAAAAUGGGUUCUAUCAGUAAUGGGAAUGACAACAUCCACGUCUUACCAAAAGAACGUUCAUUUGUGGCUUCGUGGGGAUCGUACGACAUCGUAAGAGCUGAGCUUGAAGGCUUUGAGGAACUGAUGAGAAUGGGAGUGUGGGAUUUUGUGAUUAACUUAAGUGGAGCAGAUUUACCAAUUCGAGAUGUUGAUGACUUAGCUGCCAUGUUCUCUACAGCAAGAGGUUUUAAUUUUAUGCGUAUCAACGGGAAUUGGAAUGAUCGGUCACAGAAACCGACAGACACCUCAGUAUGGUAUGGCUGCGGUGCUCAUGUUUACAAUAUCUCAUACCGCAGCGGGAAGGCUCCUUGGAGUGAUAUGCAUAGCACAUCGCAAUGGGCAGUGUUCAGCAGGGAUUAUCUUCAAUUGGUUCUGAAUCCAGCUGAGAGGACAAUUUAUAUGAAUGCCUUGCAGCUCUACACUCAAACCUCCAUUAUUCCGGAUGAGUCCUACUUCAUGUCCAUGCUAAGAGUCUCGCCCUACAAGAAAAAGUUUGUACAUAUGAAUCUUCAUCAUCUGAAGCAGUUUGCAAGAAAAGAUGAUCGUGGCUUUUGUCGACACACAGAAGAUAUAGACUUCUGUGGUCAGGGUCCUGGUACAUUUGAGGAAACUGAUGUUGAUGCUAUUCAAGAUCUUGCUAAUAAUCUGUUCUUUGCUCGCAAGUUUAGCUCCAAAGUUACGGAUCCUGCCAGAUUGUUUGCCGGAAGAAUGACCACCGAAUUUUACUACAAAAAUCUACAGAGUAAACAUGGCAUCAGUGACUCAUUUAUACGACAACUUGCUGAACUAGCGUUAUUGGAACAGUAUGGCGAGGACUGGGAAGACACUAUAAUGCUAGAAUCUAUUUUGAAGGUACGAGUGUUCCCGCAAGUUAUUCCUCUAGAUCCGUGCUGUAAACCAAUCUACAGCACCAAGAACCAGCUCAACAAGGAGAUCAAGUACUGGAUAGACUUUUCAGCAGUUGAAGUUAUUGGUGGCCAGAGAAAGUUUUUCCGAGCAUCUAUGCUUCCACAAAGUCGAACGCAGUGUUACAGCCGAGGGCAUCUUAAGGGGCUUCACAUUACGACGAUUCCGCUCAAUAAAAAAAGGAAAACUCAAGUGCAGGCAAUGAAUAUUAACCCAACGGAACAAGAGGGAGCUACUACGUUAUUCUUGCGUUCUUAUUUCAACUUGAACGAUAAAUUCCCAGAGUCUCCACAAUGUAAUGAGAUUGAAAAUCUUCCAGAUGAAAGUUUUGAAGGCCGAAACCCAGACAGUUUCACAUUUGCAAGAUAUUCUUCAAAAAGUCCGAGCAAAGAAUCAUUAGAGUUUAACGCAACACUGAUCGACCCAGAAGGUGAAGUGCGCUGCUUGGUUCAUGUGAUCAUCACCUGGAACACGCCCGGGCCUUUCGUACAAGUCUCUGACACAGUGCGCUAUGUAAAUACCCUGAAUAACUGCGGAGCAUUGGAGGCUGGGCUUUGGACUGUUGCACUAUUUCAAAGGGGUGUCAAGGAACCCUUCCCCUACACCACUCAAGUAUUCCUGGCCAAGCAAGGUAGUAAGAACUGGCUUGACUUCAAACGCUCAAAAGAUGAUCUGAAUGGACUUUGGUUUACUGAGGAUUUGACUGAAAUUUCAUACGACGAAUUAAAAUUACAAUCGAAGUGGUCACCGUCGACGCCAUUUGAAACUAGCCUCGACAAACUUGGAGAAGACAUAAAAAAUAUCCCACAGCCUGGUGGCCGGCAUGAAUUUAAAAAGAGACAUAGAAUCAAUAUGGCGCAGGCACAGGACGGAGCGGAGAGAGCGAAUAGGUAUGAGAGUCAUGCAGAUAUAGAGGAAGAAGAGAACAGAGAGGAAGAUGAGAGAAAUGAUCCUCAAGACGGAGAAAAUAAAAUUGCUGCAAACGAAAGUAGUGAUGAGGAGCAGCCACAAAAACUACAUUUUAACCAAAAAGCAGAUGAAAAUAUAAGAAAUGAGCCAAUUGACAGGCGGAUAAGAAGGGUCGAAGGUCAACGACAUGAUAGAAUGGACCGGCAUAUAAAUAUGCAAGAAUCUUUGAAUUCGAAAGAAUCCGAAAAUUCAAUAGGUGGAACACCUAAUAUGUUUACUCUUGUACAAUUUCUUGUGGUUUCUACUAUAGUCUUUAUAUUUGUGAAAAGUGUGUUAGUACCGCUUCGAAUAGUUAAACGUGGUGGAAACGGCAUGAAGUCCUUUAUAACAUUCCUCAUCAUCUUCUCCACGCUCCAGUUCAUCAUUUACAUAACAAUUCUGUACGUCCGAUAGCAAAAUACAAUUGCAUAGCUUAAUACUUGUAAGGCACAUAUAUUGGAAUGUAUGACCAGGACAUUCCACCACCUGCUUUUAUUCUAAUUAGGCAUGUUAAAGCCAGGUGCCUAUUAUUAGAGAAUCUGCAGUGCUACGAUAUUUGCAUAUUCACCUGCAUCUGCUGAAUGUUGAUGUGUUGUAUUGCUACAGCGGCGAAAAAAAUCAACCAGUAGAAACCCUCAAUUACAUAUCGGCCUGAAAGUGUUAGUGCUUGCAAAUUGUACGCAACAUCAGGGUCAAAUCAAAUUACUAUAAAUUUUGACGUACAUUACCUAGGCAAGGUAAUGGCAAACUUAGGUUUUGCCCGUUAUAAUUGCCAGGCAGACAUAGCAACGGGAUGGUAUUUCCUGUAUAGAAUAUAAAAACCAUCCUUUAACAAAUAUCAUACCCUGGGUCCCUUGAAAAUUUUGGAUUUUAAAAGAGACUUUUUUAAGUAAAAUAAAAUACUAAUGAUUUAAACAUAUGUAAAUUCAUCCUGCCCCUUUUGCCUAUCUACUUCAUAGUCAUUAGAUCAAAAUCAAGCCCAAGAUUGUCAAAACCUCUUACGGAAUAUUUAUCCUCGUUCUAGUAUCCUUAUUUUAUUUGAAUCGUUGUUUAUAAUGUAAAAACAAGCAUAUACAGUUCGCCUUCCAAUUUGGGGUGUGGUGUUAGGGUUCAGUCUCAGAUUAUAGGGUUCGAUUUGUGUUAAAAGACUGAAGAUUGUUAUGUGGUACUUAUAAAAAGUGGUCUCAAAUUAGAAGGGUCCCGAAAUUAGAGGGGUAUUUGAAUAAGUGUGCAAAUUUGUAAAAUAGAAGAAUAUUAAUAUUAUUAGGGGGUAGUAUUUUGAAAUCAUUAUAAAGGGUUGAAAAUUGGUAAUUUUAAAAGUGAAGUUCAUAAUUGAGGGUUUCUACUGUAUUAACAUGGAGCUUCAACUAUGAUGAAGCUUAAAUUUAUCGUAGCUUUGUACAAGUCUGGCUCAAACUACCUUAGUACUUUCAUGGUUUAGGGGGAGAAAAUAUAUUUUUGAUGUAAAUUUUUGGAAUAACGUGUAACUUUUGAAAAUUGUAAAACUUUAGCUUUAGCAUUUAGACAAAGUUUCCUGAUAUGUAAAUACUUGCUAUAAACUGCCCUCUAUUUGUGUUAGUCUGUAAAGUAUGGUCUUGUGUGACCUCGAAUGACCUUUUGAUAUUGGUGUUUUAUGAUGGUCUCCGAUGAUCUUUAGUCAAUUCUUUGAUGCUUCAUCAUCUGGUGACAUUUAAGUAUUUGAAGUAAUAUGUAGGUUAUAAGUGAAGUUUGAAUUGGACAAGUGAAUUGUGAAUGUGUGUAACUAUGGUGAAGUGUAACUUUUAAAAUACCAUAAUGUUUAUAAAUUCAAACUGCAUAUGUUUAGAGAAAUUAUAUUUUGUAUGAAAAUGUACUCAUUAAAAAAUAUAAUUUAUGAAUAAAUUGGUUAAAUUAAGUAUUAAAUUUUAAUCUUCAGGGCUCCGACAAGUCAAGUUAGACAGCGUCUCUCUGAUGGCAAGAAAAAAUCUAACCUUAAUAAUAAAAAUUAUAUGUAGAUUUAUGUAACAUAUUUAACAAAUGAAAUUGUGAAUUAUUUUGAAUAAUAUAGAGAGAUGUUUUCCCUUAUACCCUAUUCAGACUAGACACCGUUGCGAUCGGUUGUGAUGUUAGUAAGUUCUAAUCCAAAACUGAUUACUCCCGAUCGUAACCAAUGACCACAUUCAGAUCAUAUCAGACACAAAGAACUAUUGGAAUGGGAAGUCAAAAGGUACUAGGCCUUUGUUGGCUAGACAUAUGUUGACAGACAAUCAGUGCCUGUGGAAUUUGUUGUGAUCGGAUUCCGUGAUAAUCGGAAGUAAUAAGAUUGUAGCGCCCAAUCGCAACAGGUAACAAUUGCGACAUCAAUUACUUUAUAGACUACUUGGUGAGCUUUCUCACAUGAUUGUGAAUAGUGAUUGGGUGUCGCAAUUGCUACAACUGAUCACAAUGCAAUGCUAGUUUGAAUAGGGUAUUAUUGUCUUAUAAUUUAGUUAUAUUUUAGUUGAUUGGCUUUUAUUUUAUUCCUGUUAUUAUAAUAGUAUUGCUUAUUAGGAUACAAAAUUCAAGUAUUAACCAAAAAUUGUCAUUUUAAUUGUUGAUUUAUUAUCGUGUUUUAGUAUUACUCAUAACAUUAAAUGUUUUUAAUAUUAUUAUUUUCUUUCUGUUGCUUUUCAGUCCAUAGUAAAACAAAUUUCUAAGGUAUAUUUUAAAUGCUGACUACAAUAUUUUUCUAAUUGAAAGAUGCUAAAAUUGUUGCUAAACAUGGAUGAUAUUAUAGCCUCUUUCUUUCAAACUUCAUUUCCCAAGAAUGCUGAGAUUUUUACCUUUUGAAGUAAGUGAAACAGAAUGAAAUUUCUCCUGUUAAACCCAUAUAGGAUUAAAAUGAAAGAUUAUUUUAGCUCUUCUUUCCCAUCAGGCAAUUUCUGGCACUCCAUGCCAAUAUUUUUCAUGUUAACAUGAUAAUAAGGGAACAGUUUGAAAGAGGGGCUAUAGUUCUCAUGUGUUGCAGGCAAUUCAGUUUACUCUGCUUGGUUUUCUUUCUUGGGUGUUUCUGAAACUUUCCAUUUCUUCCACAUAUAUAUUUUAUUUGGUAUUCUAAUCACUUUUUUUUUAAUCCGUCAAUCAAUCAAUAGGGUUUUUUUUCUUUUCUAACAUGUUUCUCCUGAAUACACAUUCAUUAAUAUUUUGAGACUUUGCUGCAAGCAAUAAAUUAUCUUCUAGUUUCAACUAUAAAUAUGUAUGUCAAAGGUUAAGAUAUGAACACAUAAUCAAGACUAUUACACAGAGCAUGUAUAGAAAGAUUGCAUAAUGUUCGUGCUAUUUGUGAAUUAUACCUUAACAUUUAACAUAGAAAUCAACAGUUGAAUCUACAAGAGGGAUUAUUAUAUAAUAUUUAUUGAAUCACAUGAUUAAAAAUAUUGACUUUGUGAUUGGUCUUUUAGCAAAAAAAUGAAGCUUCUCAAUUAAUUUAUUUAUGAGAAUUCACUUUAUUGUUUCAUGUUUAUUAUUCUUGCUUUGGGUUUUUUUUAUUUGUUUGCUUACUUUAAUAUAUAGGGGACAAUGUAAGGCUUUUGUAUUUUUGUUUAUUGUCUCAUCCGGCUGUGCUUGAAAAAUUAUUUUACUCAAUUUUACUAUGUUUUCCAUUAAAAACUUAUUAAAGAAUAAAAUUUACAGAUUUUCCCCAACAAUAUUCAAUAUAUAAUUAUAAUUACUCAGUAAAUAAUUACAUCUAUAACUCUCUAAUUACUUUGAUGUGGGGUUUUAGUAGCUAUAGAAAAUUUUGUAUAAUUUUAUAUUUUAUUUAUUAUUUUUUAUGUUUAUUAAGUUGUAUAAUAUAUUUUUAAUUUUUUAUACUUCACUUCAUUUCAUCUAUGUAUCUCUUAGCCUGUUAUAAGUAACCUACUUAAUUAUAUAAAAAAAUGUAUCUACUGUACCUUUCAGAGUCAACUACUAUACUACUUAGUUAUGUUUAUAUAAUAACGUUGCUAUCAUAAGUGAUAAUGUAUUAACUGGUAUAAGGCAGAAUAACACUGUGCAAAAGAAACCCCAACUUAGUGGAAAUCAAGCUUUUUAUAUUUUUCUUUUUUUAAAUAUAUUUUUCUGAAGAUUUUAAUUUUCUCAACAUUUUCUAGUACAUCUCAUUUUUAUAGAUUUUUUUUUCUGUGCUAAGAUUGUUCCUUAAAUGAGAAGUGCAGAGUUAGAUUUUUUCCCUAAUAUAUCAUCUAUAAUUAUUUGAGAAAUACAAUGAAGUUUUUGCAAAUAUAAUGGAGAAAUUAAAUUCCCAAUUAUUUGACAUACUGUUUGGGUUAAAUACUUUUUUUCACUGACUUGGCAGUCCAAUUAUGAUUUCAGUCCUGGGCCUUGACUACACAACUAUGUGCAUCUGGACAGAUAUCUGUAAAUAUAAUUAUCUCUCUAGCUACUUUGAAAAUACUAAAUUGAAAAAUUAGCAAUUUCAGUGAAAUACAAACCCUACGGAUGUAAAGAUUGGUUGAUUUUCCGUAAAAAUAACUAAUUGCUAUUAAUAGCAGUUGUUGAAUGUGGACUUUCUAAAGUCAGUCCAUUUCAGUAAUUUUCCAUGCUUUAGCUCUGUGUAGGUCGAGUAAUAGCACUACCUAUUUAUUAUUGUUGACUUAACUUUGCAAUAUAAUAAUAAUAAUAAUAAUUUUAUAAAGCGCCUAAUGCAAACAAUAGCAUUCUCCACUUCCGAGUUUGGAGAAGUUGUGAAAUUUACCGAUAAGAUCAUAAUUAAGCACACUACACAUUUUUUACUAGAAGUUUUAACUCUGCACCUCCCUUUUAACUAAUUUUUUUUUUUGUAUUUCCUUUUGAAAUAUACUCUUAUAUUAUUACCCCCUGAAUUUAAGUUCCAGUUUUGAACUGGAUAAGUAACAAAGAAAGUUUUUAUGUAUUGUAUAUCAUUUAUUUUUCUACUGAAUUUUGUUUUUAUUUAAAUGUUAAAUUCUAGUUGCAAAGUAUAUUAAGUCGUAUUUGUUCGCUUAUCAAAUAUUGUAUGUUUCUAAAGUGUUUUGAAAUUUUAUUUAAAAAUUUGGAAGUAUUGUUUAAGACAUGAUGUGUGUUUUUAGCUUACAUAGUAUAGACUUAAAUAGUGGUUUUGUUGGUAUAAAAAAUUUCCAACUGUUUGUUUUGGGGGUUUUAUAUUGUUGUGUGUUAUUCAUGGACUGUGUUAUGCGAUGUAUGAAUUUAGUUAUUUAAUUACUGGUAGAUAAAUUAUCAAAAUGCCCCAACACAAUGGAAAGUAUUAUUAUUAUUAUUAAUGUACUCAUGGCAUUAUUUUUACUGUAUUCCUGGCCUUGUAGAAGAAGACCUGUUCAGCGAUACAAACUAUUCUGUGUUACAAACUAUUCUUUGUUUGCAUAAAGUAGAUAUUAUUAUUAUAAUGUAUAAUCACCCUGUGCAUGAUGUAUCACAGUAAAUUACUAAAAUAUUUGCUGAGAUAAUAUCAAGAAUCUAAAUCAGUGUCAAGCCACAAUUGGUCCAGGCCAUAAUUGUGAUGGUGGACCUACCUAUUUUAACAGCCAAAACUGGUGUUAGACUUAGUUGUGGCUCACAAAAAAUGGUCCUCUACUUCCAUAUUUUUGAAUCCACUUGUGAAUCAGCCACUAAUAAACCACUAUAUAAUUCAAGUAUGUAAUGUUUCAUAGCUUAUCUUUGUAAAAAAAAAAAAGUAGUGGACACAGAAAUUGGACUAAUACUAGAUUGUUGGACAAACAUUGAUGGGUUAUUUUGAUACCACAAUUGGUCAGGUGGAAUGAUUUUGGCUAUGCAUCAUAUUGAACAUCUCAAUUUUAGGUCCUAAAAUGUAUUAUCAAAGGCAGAACUAGAAAACAAAGGGACAUUUGAAACCCUAUUUUUGAAAUUCUCAUAGUUUCUGUUAGGUUUCCUUAGAGUUUUUCCAUCGAGAUCUUGGAUUUCUUAGUGCCUAAAGAAAAGAUGUCCUCAUUAAUAAUAAACUCUUUGGAAAAUGUGAUAUAUAUUUCUGAAUGAAAGAUGUAGCUUAUAUGCUGCCAUACAAUAUAUAUUUCAUCUCAUGAAUUAAAUUUGUAAUAUUCUUUAAAGGUGAAUAAUUAUUAUAUUAUUGUAUAAUUUUACUUGAUCAUAAUAUUUGAUUAUGAUAUGUUUACCUAGUUGAUUAAAAAUGUAUUGUUUUUGAUCAUCAUAGUCUUAAAACCAAAAAAAAAAAAAAAAUGUUAAAGUGUGAGAGAGAGAAUCGUAUAUUUGAUGCUAAGAACCUAAAAAAGAACCAUGCUGUUUAAUUAGAAGCUUCAUAACAGGGUAAAAUGAAACAUUGCGAUCUAUCGAACGAAGUGCCUUGUAUCAAUAAUAAACACUUUUUAAAAUGUAAUAAAUAUUUCUGAGUGACUGAUGUAGCCUAUAAGCUGACAUAUACUAUAUCAAUUCAACUACUAAACGUAAAGGUAUUUUAUUAUGUAAAUGUGAGGGAGAGGCAAUGUUAUUUUUGCAGUAUUUAGGUACCAUGAUGCUGGAGCAUUUUAUGUCAAAUUAUUGAAACUAAGUGUGCUAUAAAUAAAUUUUAAAUAAAAAA